CAGUAGCGCCCCUUUAAUAGGAGAGGUAGCACUUCCGCUUUGUAUGAGAGAGUAGUGUCCUUAGUUUCGAAGGAUGCCACAAGAACACAAACCUUCACCUACCCCGGAAAGAGCGGUGCAAGGCUUUGCCUUGUAUCUUGCAUCCUCCGUAGGUUUUGGUCUUUACAUUGUUUGGUCUUACAUACCAGACUCUUGGUUCAAGGCAGUUGGGUUAACGUAUUGGCCACAGAAGUACUGGGCAGUUGCUGUACCUGUCUACCUGUGUACCCUUUUAUUGUUAGGGUAUCUUGUUUAUUUGGGACUUAUCUUCAUCAACACUCCACCACUUAGCUCUGUUACCACAAUCACAGAUGGACAUGCAAACUAUGACAUCCCAGAAUAUUUGCCUUCUGAUGCCAUUCCCCCUCUCUGUGACCUUGACAUUACAGAGGUCAACAGACUGUUGUACACAGAUACAUGACCCUGGUUCAGUUUAGGAAUGUGUUGAGUUGGAAGUAGCAGUUGAGAAUGGUGCGUGUUUAGAUGAGAUGAGGUGCAUAUGUGUGAGAGAACAAACAAGCAAGCGAAUGAGUGAAAACACAUGCUUAAAGAUAUGUGGAUAUGUAUAAAUAUUGCUCAGAUCUUCUAAAAAGACAAAUAUGUUCAUGCCCUGUUGCCUUUAUAUGUAUUGAUUCAAAAACUGUAUCAAACGACUUUAAUCUUGUAUUAAUCAAAUUUAGCAAUCAUGUUUUCAUAACCUUUCUGUUGCAAAAGCUCCAGAUAAAAAUAAAGAACUUGAAAAGAUGCAGAAUUGCAUCAAUUCCGUUAGGUAAAUUUCAUAAAUUGUUUGCAUCAUUGAUUCAUUGUUCGCUUUUAAUCUUAUCAAUUUUUUCCACUUUUCUUAAUGGCAUGUCUUCUAAACAAGGUACUUAAAAGCUGUCAAAAAUAUUUUCAAAUACUUUACUUGAAGAUUCUUCUAAAUGACACAAAUGGAGAACCAGUUGUAACCAGUUUUUGUCUGUAUUCUUUGUGAUGAACAUUUAACUUUUUUUUAACUUCUGUUGCAUAACUUGUUAAUUCUUUUUGAGAAGCUGCAAAAUCAAAAGACAUUGGAGAGAGAGAGGAAAUUGUAUAUGUACUUGUGCAUGUGUAGUGCACAUUUUUGCAUGCAUUAAUUGGGUGACCAAAAUUCAUGCUUUAAUUGUUGUUGAAGAUACCUGUAAUAAAUUGUUAUAACUAUUUUUGGCCAUCAA